CCCUUUGCGAGCGGCCACUCCCGGAGAAGCCGCUCUCUAUGGCUGGUCGGGGAGGCCUUGGGAACGGGCCUGUGAUCAUGUGACCCCCCGUCCUGUCCAAGAUGGCGUCCUCCAUACUGGCGGGGGAGCGGCUGGUGCGGGCGGCGGCCUCUGCCAGCGGGGAGCUUGGGCGGCUUCCCCGCGAGCUGCGGGCGGAGCUGGAGGCCGCUUUGGGGGCCCAGGCCGCCGGGCGCGGCCCCCUCGUCCCCUUCAGCCUGCUCCGGAAGCUGCAGGGCGCCCUGCGCCAGGCAGGUUCUCCUGUGUAUCUCCAUGAGCUACUGGAAGGCAGCGAGAUUUAUCUCCCUGAAGUGGAGAAACCUCCAAGGAACCCAGAGCUGGUGGCCCGUCUGGAGAAGAUAAAGGCUAAGCUAGCCAAUGAGGAAUACAAGCGGAUAACAAGAAACAUCAACUGCCAGGAACUGAACCGGUACGGGACUCUGGCUGACUUGGGAAGGCAAGUUAGGUCCAUGAAAGCCGUGGUCAUCACCAUAUUCAACUUCAUUGUCACAGUGGUGGCUGCAUUUGCCUGCACAUACCUGGGCAGCCAGUACAUCUUCACAGAAAUGGCAGCGCGUGUGCUGUCAGCUGUGAUCGUGGCCUCAGUGGUGGGCUUGGCUGAACUGUACGUGAUGGUGCGGACCAUGGAAGGGGAGCUUGGAGGAUUGUAGUCAGGAGGCUUUCACUUAGACUGUGAUCCUUAUGCUGGAGGUCUUUUCCUCCCCUGUGGGUUGAAUGAAUCACCAGAUGCACUGAACAGGGACCUUGUGGCAUGGAACAGAAGAGUCAGCCGCAUUGGGAGGUUUCAAAUCCAUGAAUGGCCCAGGGAAGAGUGGGGGGAUCGUCUAGCUCUGAAGUUGCUGUCCCUUGUUCAAAAUAAAUGGGUUCUGUGUGCAUUAGAAUUACCUUCCUCCUGCCUGAAGGCAGAUUCCUAGGGCGGAGGUGCUGCGUGUACCGGGGCAGCCUGGGUGCGUCUCUGCCCUCUUUAUCCCAACCCCUACUCCAUUGCUUCUACAGAAGCCAUUACACUUGGUUUCUUUAAUGCUCUUCCAUUCCUGCAUGGUGCACUAGCCAAGCUGUUUUAGGGUAAAGCACAGUUUGUACAGGGCAUGAGCCCUGCCUGCUCUUGACUGAAGCAGUGGGUGCCUCACCCAGGCCCUGUGCUCAUGGCAGUGCAUUUUCUCCCCCCUGCAGACAGCUGCUCCCCUGGAGAAUGAGGGCACUUACUCCCACACUGUUCCUCCCAUACUGGGACAUUUCCUAACUCAGAAGGUCUUGCAGCCAAUACAGGGAAUUCUUUAUCUGUUAAGAUGAGAUCUAAUAGAGAAACUGACUGCAGAUCUAAAAAUUAAUGAUAGCUUAGGUAUAAGUGAUUAUGACUUAUGUACAGUGUGAAUAAAGUCUAGACCAGUAAUAUAGAUACGUGUGCUACUUUAAUAAGGCCAGUUUCACAAAGCCAAAAACAAUUGGGCCAAAUGAGCUGGGAGGGAUGACUUAAGCAGAAAAAUGUAAAUGAUAAUUGGGAAACAUUUAACAACACCUUACUAGAUGCCCAAAAAGAUGCAAGCAAGGAAGAAAGAUGUAUUGAUUAAAAACUGACUUCUUUUAGAGGGGAAAGGAAGGCAGCUAUAAAAAAAAAAAUGUGUAACAAAUUAAAGAAAAGGGGGAAUGGAUAGGGACAAGUCACAAGUUGGAAAUUGUAGAAAACGUAUAAGGGAAGCAUAUGGACAUAAGGAGAAAUCUAUAGCCAGCAGAAUUAAGAAGGAGUUUUAAAAAUAUAUUAGGAACAAAAGCAAUCAUGAUAAUGGUAUUGGUCCAUUACUAGCUGGAAAUGGUAGAAUCAUCACUCAUCAGAAAAGGCAGAAGUGUUCAAUAAAUAUUUCUGUUCUGUAUUUAGGGAAAGACA